AUGCAUUCUGUUUGGAAGCAUCGCUGUAUUUCAAUUCUAAUCGACCUAAAGAUUCCUGAUCUGCUCUGCAACAUCGAAGAAUCAUCCAUKAGUAUCGAAGAGAUUGCAUUAAAGUCUGGAUGUAAGACAAGCUUGCAGUUGUACGAGGUCAUGAGAGUUCUAGCKCGAUUGGGGAUUGGCAAAGAGCUGGAGRACAAGCAUUUUACCAAGAAUGAAAGCAUGGAACUAUUAAGACGAGAUAAAGGUCCAAGCUUAGGUCACAUGUWCGCUUACUAUGGCAGUGACGAACAAUUCAAGUCCUUAAGUUCUCUGGGAGCAGCCGUAAAGCAAGGAAAACCUGCCUUCRUCCUGGAGCAUGGGAUGACCCACCUAAGUUAUAUGAGUGACCUGACAAAAAGUUACGAUCAAWCAAAACUGUCUGAAGGAACAUCUAUGCACAAGAUAGGAAGCCUUGAACGUMGAGUGGAKCUAGCCAAUGACUAUGCCAAAGGUAUGACGUAUUYUACCUACCUUGAAACACUACCAAACAUACCAGGYAUCAAAAAUUUGUACAACGUAUUCCCCUGGUCGACAUGCAAGAAACUGGUUGAUAUAGGUGGGUGUACAGGAAGCUUUCUCUCRUCGAUCUUGAAACUGCCUGGAUGCGAGCACGUCCAAGGAUGUGUUAUUGACUAUUUGGAAGUAGUUGAWGAAGCCAAAACAAAGAUUCAAGAUCUUGGGAUCUCUGCACGCCGUAUUGAGUUUCUGGCACACGAUUUUACGAAGCCUUUUCCGAGUGACCUGCRCUUGGAGGCAGACACCGUGAUGUUCAAGAAUACAUUUGGAAUGUACAUAGGCGAUGACAGCUUGUCGCGCAGUGCUUUAAGCAACUGUCGUAAGCUAUUCGCUCCACUUGGUGGAAGGCUGUUGAUAAUUGASUCGAUUGUACCCGAAGACAAAGAUCACAAUGUUGGAAUCAAUGGGAUGGAGUUGGGAAYACAAUCGAUCCAUCGGAUGAGCAUAGUAGGAAAGCCACGCCUGACCAAAACCGAGUUGAUAGAGCGACUCCGCGUAAUUGGUUCAAAUAUGGGUUACCACGUUGCGAAAGUGUACGACACCUUUCCUGGCUGUAGUUCCAUAAUAGAAUUAUCCUGGAAUCCUAAUAUCGAAUCUGCUCAGAAGACGGAAUAA